GAUAGAUGCAUAAAGGGUUUCUCAUUCCAAGUUAACAUUAUUGAGAACACAAUAAUGGAGUUGCCAAAUUUGUUACAUCGAAGUGCAUAGGCCCUCCUAUCUCAUUUUAGUGAAUAGCUAGGGGCUUGUUAUUGAAUGACUGGUAUGUACUAUAGAGAAGAGAAGAGAGGAAGAUUUACAAACCAGACCUUCAAUUUUGAUCUUUUUCUAGUUCUACCCCUAAACUCUUUUUGUUUCUUAAAAAAAAAAAAAAAGGUAAUCCUCCGAUUAAAAUGACGGACGUGUCAUGAUUAUGAUUAACACAUUAAAGAGUAGAGAAACAUCACCACUCUACAACAGUACAUAGAGAAUCUAAGCUACAUUGUUCCUCCGACAAUCCGACAAAGCUAUAAGCACAGCCAACGAUCGUACAAUUAUUCGCUUUCCUCUUCACCACCAUCCUCUGCAACCAAACCAUAAUAAUUAUCAGUUUUUAAAAAUAUACUCUGCUGAAAUUUGAUGUAAAUGCUUUACAGGAAACAAAAAAAGAUUCGCUGGUUCUCCUUCGCUUUGACUUCCCUCUCCGCCAUCUUCAUUACCUCCCUCGUCUUCUUCUUCUUCUUCUUCUUCUUCCUCAUCCUCUUCAUUCUCAGAAUCUUCUGAGUCAUCGCUCUCGCUUUCUUCUGCUUCUAUCGGCUUUGGAGGAGUUACAAAACUUGCGUUAGAUCUUCUAGGCAUAGAAGAAGUAGAGGCGAGGGUUAUUAUACCUUAAGAACUUAAGAUUUCUCUCUUCAGAAAAAAAAAGGAGGCGGGAAGAGUUGAGAACGAUCUUCGCUUCGCGGGAACAACUAAAACCACCAUCUACCUUCCUUCAAAGGAGAUACCAAAUAGAGUUGUUUGCAGAUCUGCCGAUUUGCUCACUCUAUACCUUCCUCUAUCGUAUGAUAUUAUCGCUAUUGGCUAAGAGUCCAAGGAAAUAUGGAGGUCUGGGCUACUCAACCAAUGAUGUUGGUACAGUUCUUGCUAUCUCAGGUUUUUGUUUAUACCUUGGCCGAGAAACUGCUAGGACUUGUACUGGUUCCGUUUUGUUGGGGUUAGUUGAUAUUUCCUUUGAUGCUUCUAUGUAGAUUAUAUAGCUUUUUAACGCUCUUUUUGGCUUGAGCGUUAAUUUUUGGAUGGCAAUUGCCAUGAGAUUUCUGCUUGGGAGUUUCAACUGUCUACUUGGAACAAUGAAGGGGUUCCCUUUUCAGAAAAGAUGGAAGGCCAAAAGCAACAUCAACACCAUAAGAAGCAGUGUGACCCUGAGGAAAGCCAUCAUCACCACGUGGUUGAGAUUUUAUCAGCAGAGGCAAGAUUGGUGCUGGUACUGUCUCGGCCUAUUCUUCUUUCAAGUUUUUGUUUAUCUUUUAGCCGAGAGACUGCUAGGACCUGUGCUGGUGACUCGUUUUGCUGGGGAACUGAUGAGUGAUGAUACCAAUACAAGCGGCUUAUCCAUUAUAGCAAAUUUAUCAAGUCUUAGUAUAAGCUUGAUGUUAAGUUAUCCAUCAAUCCUCCUAAAUGUGCUAAGUAUCAGUACAGAUCCUAGCAGUCUUUGUGUCUAUAGGAUCUCAUAUGGUGUUCCUUGUCCUGAAUGUGAUAGUCGUGGUCGAAUUAGCUUUCAAGUUCAAGCCAUUUCUUACCACGUCUCAAAGGUGAAAUCUGUUUGAAUUGGUGAUAGGGAAAUGUAUGGACUCGUUGAGAAAUGGGAGAGAGAGGAGUUCCUGAGAUUCUGCCAAAGAGUGGAAUGCACCAUUAGAGCUUGGUACCACCUGCACUUUGAGGAUCUUAUGCAACUGUAUUCACUCUUCGAACCUAUCCGUGGCGCACACAGGCUUAACCAACAGAAUUUAUCUCCUCUUGAAAUCGAUGCUCUUGAAGAUCAAUUUCUUCUUCAUUUAUUCCAGGUCAUGGAGAAGAGCAACUUCAAAGUGAUAACUAAUGAAGAAAUACAAGUAGCUCUCUCUGCUCAAUAUCGUCUCAAUCUUCCUAUUGUUGUUAAUGAAGCUAAGCUUGAUACAAAGUUGUUAACAAGAUUCUUCACCAAGUUUCCCCGGGAUGAUCUUCCUCGUUUCGCUGAUAAGUAUAUAAUAUUCAGACGUGGGUUUGGGAUAGAUCAUAUGAAAGCUUACUUCUUCCUAGCCAAAAUAGAUACAAUCCUUGUCCGUAUUUGGAACUUUCUUCUCACUAUCACAUGUUUAAAAAGAAUUAUAUAUGGGAAAAAGAAUGAAAUAGGGUUGUCAGAGCAGAUUGAUAUUAGCAUUGAAACAGAGAAGGAUAGUUUAUACAUUGAAAGAAUCCGCAUAGAGAAGCUCAAGCUCAGUCUCUCCAACUUGAUGAAAAAGAUAACAAUCCAAGAGCCUACCUUUGAGAGGAUCAUUGUAGUAUACAGGAGAGUUUCAGGGAAGAAGGAAGCAGAAAGGAACAUAUAUGUGAAACACUUUAAGACCAUUCCAAUGGCUGAUAUGGAAAUCGUGCUUCCAGAGAAGAAAAAUCCAGGUCUUACGCCACUGGACUGGGUCAAGUUUCUUGUCUCUGCUGCCAUUGGACUGGUAACAGUGGUAAGUUCAGUGAGCCUCAAAAAGACUGAUAUCAGAGUCAUUGCAGCUAUACUUAGCACGGUCGUGGCCUACUGCGUUAAAACAUAUUUCACGUUUCAGAGAAACUUGGUAGAUUAUCAGAGCCUUAUCACAAGAUCUGUGUAUGAUAAGCAGCUAGACAGUGGAAGAGGUACUCUGCUUCACUUGUGUGAUGAAGUCAUCCAACAAGAGGUUAAAGAGGUCAUCAUUUCGUUUUUCAUGCUGAUCAAGAAAGGGUGUCCUACAAGCAAGGAAGAGCUUGACAUGCAAAGUGAAGCAUUCAUCAAAAAAGAAUUCAAUGAAAGCUGCAAUUUCGAUGUAGAUGAUGCUAUCACGAAGCUUGAGAAGCUUGGACUUGUAUCUCGUGAUUCAGAAGACAAGUAUAGAUGCGUGGAAAUGAAGGAAGCAAACGAGAUAAUGGGGACAACUACGGAAGAGAUGGUACUCAAGGCAAGAAAAGGUGGAGAAUAUGAAGACGAGGAAACAACAGAGAAUGAGCCUCAAUUGAAUCCUCAAGAUGAACUUACCGCAAAGGAAGAACGUUUUCAAUCUCGAUAUGACGAGUUUGAGUCCUUGUGGAUGUAACAAAGAUUUCAUGUCAUUCAAGAC